AUGGAAGACUACUUGAAGAAGAGAUAAGAAUUUGAAAGGGAAAUAACAACUGCCAAAUACAACGGAAUUGCCUUUACACCACUUGAAGAAGAAGCCAAUAAACUCUACAGAUAGAUUUUGAUUAGUGAAAGAGCUACCAAGGAUGACUCCUUCUAUAAAGGCUACACUCUCAAGCAUAGAGAACAAUUCGAAAAGGAAUCUCGUAUUUUCAAAGCUAUAUAAAAACUUCCUAAGGGAGCUGUUUUACACAUCCACACUGACUGUUGCAUGGACAUUGACUGGUUUAUGGAAGAACUUGCAUACCAUGAAAAUACUUAUUUCAAUCAAGAAACAUCUACUUUCAAAUACUUCUAAAAUGCUGAAAAGGCUGAGCCCGGAUUCAAAAAUUUGCGCGAAGAGAGAGAGAAAGCUAGUGAUAAGAGUUAAUUCGAUGCUUAAAUUCGUAAGUGCCUCUUUGUUCAAGAAGAAGAUAGGAUGGUUUCCAAAGAAAAUAUAUGGGCAACUUUUGAAAAGAAAAUCAUGAGCAUUGCUGGUGUUACCUACUUCAGAGAACACUUCCCUAGAUACUUGAAAAAAUAUAUUGAAAAUUUCAUUAAGGAUGGAGUUAUUCACAUUGAAGCAAGAGCAUUUUUAGGUUUUACUUUCAACGAAGAUGGUUCUAAUCUUACUGUCAAGGAAGAAAUGGAAAUUUAUUCUAAGGUUUUAAACGAAGUUAAAGCAGAGCACCCUUACUUUACCUACUAACUUGUCAUUUAAGGUCUCAAGAUGUGGGAUGUCAAUCAAAUUGAACAAUACAUGAGAGAUGCUUUAAUUGCCAAGAAGCAUCAUCCUGAAUUAAUCUGCGCCUUCGAUUUAGUCUAAGAAGAAGAUGCUUUCAAAACUAUGCUCGAAAUGGCUCCAGCUUUGAUUAAAAUGAAGGAAAUGCAAGCUGAAAUCGGAGUUGAACUUCCCUUUGUUUUCCAUGGUGGUGAAUCUUUACACACAUUAAAAAACACAAACUUGUUUGAUGUCUUACUUCUUGGUACUAAGCGUAUUGGUCACGGUAUCAACCUUUCUCAACACUCAUACCUCCUUGAAAAGAUUAAAAACGAUGAAAUAUGUUUAGAAAUUUGCCCUGUUUCUAACCAAAUCCUUAAAUAUAUCGACGAUAUCAGAUUACACCCAAUUAAAACUUUCUUAAAUUAUGGAGUUAAGGUAUCUAUCAAUCCCGAUGAUCCAGGUUUCUUCGGAUACAACGGAGUUUCAAUGGAUUUCUUCUUUGUCUCCUUCGGUACUUAAUUAGAUUAUAAGGACUUAAAGUUAUGUGCUUACAACUCUAUUUAAUACUCUUUCUUAAGCGCUGACUAAAAGAAAGCUGCCUGGGAAGAACUCGAAAAGAGAUUCUAAGUAUGGUGCAAGUGGUUCAUUGAAUCCAACCCAUCUAGUUGA